AUGGACAGGGGAUCAGCCAGCGCCUCUGCAGGAGGCAAGGGCCAGGUGUCCUCCUCUGGUCCCAUCCCGGGCAGGUACCGCUUCACCGAGGAGGAGCUCAACGCGGUGCUCUACGGGGCACUCCGGAGCAGCCAGCCCACCGGGAAUCUCCACGCUAUCUCGGGGCUCCGGGUGUCCCCCGCCGGCUCGGGCGCUGCGGACUCGGCCGCCCCGCUGCUCGACCGGGACUCGCUGCAGCUGCCCGAAGGGCUCUCGGUGCUGCGGGUGGCCUACGGGGAUGUGUCUCAGCUCGGAGUCUUCUGUACGGACCCCAUCCCGAAAGGAGUCCGCUUCGGCCCUUUCCAAGGCAAAGUGGUCAACACGAGCGAGAUCAAGACUUACGACGACAACUCGCUGAUGUGGGAGAUCUUUGAAUACGGUGGCCUGAGCCACUUUAUCGACGGGAAGGGCGCCGCUGGCAACUGGAUGGCCCUGGUGAACUGCGCCAGGUUCCCCGAGGAGCAGAAUUUGACGGCUAUCCAGUGCCAGGGACAAAUCUUCUACGAGACCUGCAAGGAAAUCUUUCCGAACCAGGAGCUGCUGGUGUGGUACGGCGAUUGCUACGUGCAAUUCCUGGGCAUCCCCAUCAGCUUGAAGGGCAUGGCGGAGGGGAAGAAACCCCCGCAGCACCCCGAAGAAGCCGGGGAGAGCUUCAAGUGCGAGCGCUGCGGCAAAGUGUUUGCCUACAAGUACUACCGGGACAAACACCUCAAGUACACCCGCUGCGUGGACCAGGGGGACCGCAAAUUUCCUUGUCACCUUUGUGACCGAUCCUUUGAGAAAAGAGACAGGCUGAGGAUCCAUAUUCUCCACGUUCACGAAAAGCACAGACCUCACAAGUGCUCUGUGUGUGGGAAGAGCUUUUCUCAAUCCUCCAGCCUGAACAAACACAUGAGGGUUCACUCUGGGGAGCGCCCCUACAAAUGUGUCUACUGCAACAAGGCGUUCACAGCGUCCAGCAUCCUGCGCACUCACAUCCGCCAGCACUCGGGGGAGAAGCCCUUCAAGUGCAAGCACUGCGGCAAAGCCUUCGCCUCGCACGCCGCCCACGACAGCCACGUGCGGCGCACGCACAGCAAGGACAAGGGCUGCACCUGCUCCGUGUGCGGCCAGCACUUCCCCCAGCAGGAGGAUUACAGCUUCCACCUGAAGAUCCAUGCUGCUCAUUAG